AUGCAGUUACAGCUGCAGCUGCAUCUACUGUCCACUUCCGAUUCCGCCAUCAACCUCUACAAUAAUGACACUACUGCAGUCUGCACUCUGCAAUCUGCAUGUGAAGUGUAUCUUCCGUGUCUCCCUCCUGCUGCCGUUGGCCAUCAGGCUGUGUCCAUCACCAUCGCUAUCGCCAUGCCAUCGCCAAAUUGCGCUUUGACUCGUCGCUCUCGGGUCAUUCAUCGUUCAUUAUUUCCGCAUUGGUGAGUUGGUGCCUUAUCACGUCUCCCACACUGAUAAUUUACUCCCGAGUGGCUCUGGCUCUGGCUCUGGCUCUGGCUCUGGCUCUGGCUCUGGUUCUCAGGCAUCUGGUCAUGGCCUCGGAUCGUCAGAACCGCCUACCUAUCGAGUCAACUCACAAGCCGUUUCCUUCUCCAGUACUCCGUACUCAGUCAUCAGCGUUAUUUGUACAGCACACUACCCUACCGGCACUGUAGCCUUGAUCGACCCAGUGCCCACGAUUGAAGCCAUGUCGAACGUCUGCCGUGUUUCCAUUCAAUCCCGUACCAUAUUUCAGUGUUCGGGAAUCAUCACGAAUCCGAUCCCGCCGUUGUCGUCUCAUCUGCUCAGGGGCAAACCCGGGGCUGGGGGCCUGCCAAAAAAGAAAAAUGCUGCCCCUCCAAAAAGUGCCCAUGUUGAUUUUACUGGUCGAGAUUUCAACGCUCCAUGCACGAACAGUGACGAACUGCCUUGGACUAGCCUGUCCAGACAAUAG